UCCAAUCCGGUUUGAGCUAGUUCUGGUACUGGUCGGACGUCGUUUACAUUAAGUUACAGACUGUUCUGGAGGUGAGCUGACUGAGGUGUGGGGCUCACUCACGUUUCAUUGAGUUUCCUAAACUGCAAAAAGCUGCUUUGUUCUUUUUUUUAUAUAUAUACCUCUGCUGCACAACCUGAGCUACAAUGGGAAGGAAGAAAUCUAGCGGUGAUGCAGAUGCAAGCGCAGAGCCAAGGAGAAAGUCUCUACGGUUGUCGGAUAAAGAGACGCAGCAAAAACCACAGCCAGAGAAGACAAAGGCAGCUCCCAAGCCUAAAAAGGUGAAGGAGCCAGCAAAGCCCAAGGCAGAGGAGAAGAAAGAAGAACCUGAGGUUGAGAAAGAAGAGGUCCCUGCAGAAAAUGGAGAUGCCAAAGCUGAGGAGGAGACCGCUGCAGCAGAUGAAGCUGUCGAAAAGGAGGAAGAGGAGGAGGAAGAGGAUAAACCUGAAGAGGAGGAAAAAGCAGCAGAGUAGUAUAGUAACAACCCCUAAACUCACAUGCCAAUGCUCCCUGUACCUCCUUUCUUGUACAAUGCAGAGAUUAUUUUUAUCUACUAUUUUCUUAAGAGAGCAAUGUUUUUAGGGAUGUGAAUGCAGAAAUGCAUUUUUUUUUAAAUACUAAAAAUGUCAUUCAAUUUCAUGGCUUCUGUGAAGGGAAAGUUUUGGUCAUUGUGUUGGGCUUUUUUUCCCAUUGUACUUGUUUUUUUUUUGUUUUUUUUCCUUGUCUCUCUGGCUUCUUAUUUUGCUUUUAGAUACUAGUUUUCUGCAUGACAUGCAGUCAUGCCUAUAUCAGGAAUUUGACGUUCAACUCUGGGAGAGUUUACCUGAAACAUCUGGAGGGAUUUUGUACCUGUACUGUUUUGAAAUGUAAUACAUCGUAAUUUUUCUGUGUUUGAUAGGGAAAUGGAUGAUCGAAAGUUUGAGAGUUGUGUUCUAUGCUAAAUAAUUUGUUCACAAUAUCAACUUAAAUCAUACUCAUCAGUACUGGAAUUUUUUGGGUUGACUUUUUUUUUUUCUUGUUAGUUGCAGCAUUAUAAGAACAUUUGUAUAGCUGCUGUAAAAUGUCUUUUAAAUCAUGAUGUCGCAAUUUCUAUGUGCAGUCAGUGAUGGUACAUUUAUGGACUGUUAAUGUCGUCAACUACACUCAAAACAAAAUGAAUUACAGAAGUAACCAUACUUGUCAUGGCUUAUGCUUUCAGGACAACUGUACUUUCACUUAAGUCAACAAAAUGUCACAUUUGUGGAUGUAUCCAUUGUUGUUUUUGGAGGUCUCUACCAAUGUACAGUUUCCUCUUUUAAAAAAUAAAAUAAACACAUUUUUUCUUUGA